UCAAAAUUUCAUUUUGAGAGAAAAAAGAGAAAAAUUUGAGGCUGUGAGAAACAAAUAUGGCCAAUCUUAGGACUUGUACUAGUCCUAAAUUUCAGCUCUUGUUGGCUUCUCUAUUCCUCAUAUUAUUUCAAGCUAAUAAAGUCUUCUGUUCUCAGUACAAAGUUGGAGAUUUGGAUUCUUGGGGAAUACCCACUUCAGCAAAUCCACAAGUCUAUGCCAAAUGGUCCAAAUACCACUCUUUCAAGGCUGGAGAUUCUCUCUUGUUCUUGUACCCACCAAGCCAAGAUUCAGUGAUUCAAGUCAGCAAACAAUCCUACAACAGCUGCAGCCUCAAAGAUCCAAUCUUGUACAUGGAUAAUGGAAAUUCUCUGUUUAACAUCACUUCAGAAGGAGAAUAUUUCUUCACAAGUGGAAAGCCUGGCCAUUGUGAAAAGAAACAAAAGCUUUACAUUCUGGUUGGGAAUGGCACUGGCACAGCAUUCUCUCCCUCUUCUGGUCCCUCUGCAUCAGACACUGCUGCACCCUCAUAUCCCACAGUCUUUGGCACCAUCCCAGCGCCACCUUCUUCUAAUUCUUCACCGGCUUUGAGUUUUUCAGUUUUCAUGGCUGCUGGUAUUGGAUUUUUGGCAUGUGCACUACUUGGUAGAACCAUAUGAAAAGAACACUAAACACCCUUUUCUUUUUUUGUAAUUUUGGACCCCCAUUUUGAUAUUGGUUUAUAUGAAAUUAUUGGUUUUUAAAUUCUUUAUUUGAUAAAAAAAAAAGAUCUUGUAUUUUGAUGUUUGUAAGUAUUGAGAAAGAAUGAAGCUUUGAUUGAACU